CGAGACCAGAGACGCGGCGGCUCCGCCUCCCGGUGAUGCUUUAUAUACACCUCCACCUCCGUCUCUCCUCUCACACACACUGGCGCGCGCACCACACUACCAUACCGGUCUCUGCUCGCCUCCUUCCUCGUUCCGACCAUUGACCUAGCGCCGCCGGUGACUCGAUCGGCGACGACCGAGGACCCCCUUGGGUCGACGAAGCGCGCGACGAGCACCACCACACAGUGUCGUUAAUUAAAGGAUUCAGGAAUCAGAGGAUGCGGAUGAGCUGCAACGGCUGCCGCGUGCUUCGCAAGGGGUGCAGCGACAACUGCGCCAUCCGGCCGUGCUUGCAGUGGAUCCGCAGCCCCGACGCGCAGGGCAACGCCACCGUCUUCCUCGCCAAGUUCUACGGCCGCGCGGGCCUCAUCAACCUCAUCACCGCCGGCCCUGAACACGUCCGACCCGCAAUAUUCCGGUCUCUCCUGUACGAGGCUUGCGGCCGCAUGCUCAACCCGGUGUACGGCUCCGUCGGCUUGCUGUGGUCCGGGAACUGGCAGCUUUGCCAGGCCGCCGUCGAGUCGGUCCUCCGCGGCAUGCCCAUCGCGCAGCCGCCGCCACUCGCCGCCACGGCUGUCCCGCCUCUCCGGUCAUGCGACAUCCGCCACGUCUCCAGGAGGGAAGCAGCAGGCCGCGGCGCCGGCGCCGGCGCCGUGGAUGCCGCCGGCCCCGGCGGCCUCCACCGAAUGGCCAACAGCUCGCGGGGACAAUUCAAACGAUCCGGCGCCCACAGAUCCGGAGACUCCGGCAUCGAGCUCGUCUUCUCCCAGCCGCCGUCGGCGUCGUCCAUGCUGGUCGACAUCCGGCAGGCGCAGCCACUGAACUGGGCGCCACGCCAACCAAGCCACGAGUACUCUGCGAGCCAUGACGACGACGGCGGCGCCGUGCGGGAGAGCGACAGCAACGCCUCGGUGGACACCGUGGAUGUCUCUCAUGUCAGUCAGUCCGAACCGGCGGAGCCACCGAGAGAGAGCCACGAUGAACGGGCGGCGGAGGAUGGCCUAGACCUCACACUAGGUCUGCCACUGGCGCACAAGGUCGAGCCGUCGGACGUUGACGACGACCAGCCUUGUCACAGAGGUGGCGAGCCGAUGAAAAACUGGGCUUGGUGAUGGCAGAUUCUAGAGCUAGAUAAUGAAAUUGUUGGAUAUUACUACUCAUCCGGUCUAGAGGGACAGUUGAUUGCUUGGAACUCGUUGUAGUAUGUCUUAAUUUGUAGUUUGUACGGCUCGCUACGGUGUUUUCUAGUUUGGGAAACAUCGUGUGUAACAACAGUGCAUGCCCCCUUUUUUUUACAUUUUUGAUGUAUGUUCUUCUCAUUAUAUUUAACCUCAGGUGGUUUGGGUGACGUAUGUCAAAUAUACAGAAGUACUUACCUUUUUUUUUUA